CAUAGAGGAGGAAGAAAGCAAAGUGAGCCAUUGAACCAGAGUCUUUGCCCUCUCUUAAUUACAUUGAGUCCCAUAUCUUUUCCCUUUUUUCACCUUUUUCCCCACUCUUAAACACUUCGGGCUUGUGGUAAUUAGUUAGAAGAGAAUAAAACCAGCUGAUCGGGAGAGGGGUGGUGCAUUUUGGAGCGAGAUGGCUAACAGAAACAUUCUGUUGCUCUUCUGUGGACUCUUCCUCUUUGCACUGAUUCAGCCCUCUCUUCAAGGAGGUGUGUAUGUACCACCUGGUGCUGGGAUUGGACCCGGAGGCACUGGGCCAGGAACUGGAUUCUUUCCAGGGUCUGCUGGAGGAGUCCCCACCGGCUAUAAACCAGCUAAAGCUGCAGUAGGAGGUUAUGGAGGUGGAGGGCUUGGUGUGGGCCCAGGUUUUUUGGUGCCAGCAGGUGUUGGUGGCUUGGGCACUGGAGGACUGGGAGCGGGACAAGGUGGAAAGGCCCCUAAACCAGGUUAUGGCAAUCUAGGAGUCGGUGGUCUUGGAGGUGGUGGCCUGGGAGGUGGAGGCCAUGGAGGAGGAUAUGGUGGAUACGGAGGAGGCGCUGGGGGCUUUUUCCCAGGAGUUGGACAGAAGGCUGCCAAAAGAGGUGCAGGAGGCCCUCUGCUUCCACAUGGAGGGACUGGAGGAAGUGUGCCUGGAGGCACAGGUACUGGAGCUGGAGUUCCCGCUGGAGGACCUGUUAUUCCUCAGACAGGCCUUCCUGGAGGGGCUGGUGGUGCUGCUGGAAAGAAAGCUGCCAAAGUGCCAGGUGUGGGUGUGCCUGGGCUUUACCAAGGUGGACUAGUGCCAGGAAAAGGGUUUAAUGGACGUGGAGUUCUGCCUGGGGUGGCCACUGGCACCGACCUGAAUUCCAAAUCAAUUGGAGGGGGAGGACAAGGAGGUCAAGGACCAGGAGGCCGUGUCUACAAUGGACAGAUGCAGCCAGGAGUGUUCCAUGGAUACCCCCUCAAAUCACCCCUCAAAGUGCAAGGUGGCUAUGGAGCAAAACCUGGAGGUGGCAAACUACCUUUUGGCUACGGUGGCUUUGGUACUGGACUUCCAGUAGGACAAGGUGGCCCUGGGUCAAGGCCUGGUUAUCCUGUUGGAACUGGCGUAGGGCCCGGAGGCAUCUCACCUGCUCAGGCUAAAGCUGCCAAAUAUGGUAUUGGUGGUGUUGGUGGUGUUGGUGGUGUUGGAGGUGUUGGUGGCACUGGUGGCACUGGUGGACUGUAUCCAGGGCAGGUGCCAGGAGUAUAUGGAGCUGGGUCCAAGGCUGCUAAAUAUGGAGGAGUACCAGGAGGAGUACCAGGAGGAGUACCAGGAGGUGUACCAGGAGGAGUACCAGGGGGUGUACCAGGAGGAGUACCAGGAGGAGUACCAGGGGGUGCACCUAUUGGAGUACCAGGAGGAGGUCCAGGUGGAUAUUCACCAGCUGCUAAAGCUGCUAAAUAUGGACUGGGAGGCACAGGAGGACAGUUAGGAACAGGAGGAUAUGGAGGACUAGGAGGCACAGGAGGACAGUUAGGAACAGGAGGAUAUGGAGGACUGGGAGGCACAGGAGGACAGUUAGGAGGAUAUGGAGGACUGGGAGGAGGUGGAGGAUAUUCUGCUGCUGCCAAAGCUGCUAAAUAUGGAGUUGGGGGACUGGGAGGAACAGGAGGACUGGGAGGAACAGGAGGACUGGGAGGUACUGGAGGAUACUCUGCUGCUGCCAAAGCUGCUAAAUAUGGAGUAGGGGGAGUAGGAGGCACAGGACUGGGAGGAACAGGACUGGGAGGAACAGGACUGGGAGGAACAGGACUGGGAGGCACAGGACUGGGAGCUGGAGGAUACCCUGCUGCUGCUGCUGCUAAAGCUGCUAAAUAUGGUCCAGGUGGUGCAGGGGUUCUUCCAGGUGGUGGUGUAAGUGGAGGAGGAAUUCCUGGAAGAGUCCCAAUUUUACCAGGAUAUGGAUCUCUGGGGGCUGGUGCUAAACCUCCUAAAUAUGGAGUCCCAGGACCAGGCCUAGGAGGAGCUGGAGUUCUUGGAGGAGCAGGUCAGGUACUUCCUGGAGGUGGUGGCUAUGGUGGUUAUGGAGCUAAUGCAGGAGUGAAACCCCCGAAGUAUGGAGGAGCUGGAGCAGGGUUAGGAACUGGAGGACAUGGGGGGACAGGAGGAGUACCUAGUCUAGUACCAGGACUAGGAGGUGGACAAUACUCUGCUGCUGCAAAAGCUGCUAAAUAUGGGUUAGGAACAGGAGGAGGACCUGGAGGAGUUAGACCUGGAGGGGUUGGUGGUGAAGGAUAUCCAGGCGGUGUGAAACCACCAAAAUAUGGGGUCACUGGAGUAGGACUUGGCGUGCCAGGAGCUACUUCACUUACACCUGUCAGUGGUGUUCCAGAUGGCUCUGCUGUUGCGGUACCAGGUGGUACAGGUGUUGCUGGAAAACCAGCAAAGGAUGGAGGUCCUGUUGUAACCCCCCGACCAGGCGAUUUGGGGGGAAUUAUUCAGCCUAGUGGUGGCACCAGUGUAGGAGGAGUAGGUGUUGCACCCUCUGGAGUUGCAACUGGAGUCCAACAACCUGGAGGUGUUGGUGUUGGCACAGGUGGCAAAGCACCUAAACCAUUCAUUCCAGGUGGAGCAGGUGUUGGUCCAGGCGCAGGUGGAUAUCCUAUUGGUGGAUCCUAUGGAGUCCCUUAUGGUGUUGGUACCGGCACUGGAGUUGGACCUGGAGCUGGAACGUUGCCUGCAGCGAAGCCUUUGAAACCUCCAG